AGACACUGAACCCUGGCAGUGGGUAGAGAAGCAUGAUGAAGGCGGAUUUGUUGAUGUACCAGCAGGUUUCGUCAUGCUGACCCACUCGGCUGCUCUCGUGUUCACUCUGAGCGCAGUGGCCGGUUUGGUUCCGCGCUCCCGAGCCUGGAGCGAGGAUAAGCUCGUGCCCGCACCCCUCAACUCAACCGGUGGGUUCCCGGCUAGUUUGGAACUGGGAUUCUCGAAGCGAUCCGUGGCUGAGAGCGAGGACGAUCCUGUAUCAUCCAGGUGCAACGUGAGCGUGGAGAGGCUGCCGGCUAAACUGGUUGCGCGCUGGGAUGUGGAGCUGGGUUUGCGCUGUGAUGUGAUGGUCUACACCACUAACAGUCAUGGGAAAGCGUUUUUCUCCGCCGCCUUUAACCGAGCAGCAUCUCCCGUGUUUAUCGAGCAUGUGGGAGUCGCAGGAGCACAGCAGGAGUUCAGACUGUGCAUCGGAUGCGGACUAUCCCGGUUCAGACGCUUUGGGAGAUCCAGACCAGACAUAGCUGAUAGUGUGCAUUUCUGUUGCAUAGACUUUGCCUUGGACGAACUCAAAGGAGAUCGAAGCUGGAGACUAAACCGUAAACCCAUAGAAUCCACGCUGGUCGCCUGCUUUAUGACUCUGGUUAUAAUCAUAUGGAGCGUAGCUGCCCUCAUCUGGCCGGUACCCAUCAUUGCCGGCUUUCUUCCCAACGGCAUGGAGCAGAGGAGACCCAGAUAAAUCAAUUUUAUUAUACAAACUUGCCUAAUGUGUGUAUAUUUUGUGAGUUUAACUAACCAGUAGUCUGUUAUUAUCUAGGGGAUAACACCUGGUAAGCUGUCCUGUUGUAAGAAAGUGGAAGAGGUGUCUAUAGUUUGUUUUAUUUAUUAGGAUUUUAACGU